AAUCCAACCUCAUCCGUUACACAGGAGACAGGUGCGAGUUUGUCCUUAUUCCCCGGUGCUUACCUCUUUAGUGGAUUUCAGAAUGAAGGCUGCAGUUACCCUCGCUCUGUUUAUCUGUACUUUGGCGUUAUGUCACGGUUUAGGAUAUUACCAUGGAUACAGGGGACUUAAUUACGGGUAUGGAAAUUAUGGAUACGGAGGUUACGGAUACGGUGUCCCUAAUUACGGAUACGGUAGAUAUGGUGGAUAUCUCCCACACUAUCCUCACCACAGCUUUUACAGAAGAACAUACUACAACCCAAUUCACGGGCUCCACACCCACGGUAGUACCCACGACUACGACCACCCCGUGUACUGAGAGGACUUCGCUGGAGUGAUGACAGGGGAAUAAAUACCAAUGUCAUUGUUAACAAAUCAGAUGUGUGGCGUAACUACAACUCACGCCUAUCAAUAAAAAUAUAAAACAGCUA